AUGAAUAUCGAGACAAACUCUUCAAAUAAUAUUCCAUUUUUAUCGCACAAUAACAAUAUGAUCAAUACACAAGAAUCAUCGAAUAAUCAAAAUUCUGAAAUCGCAAAGUUCAAGAAUUCCUCUUCAAACAUCGCGAAAAAAGAAACAACACUCUGCUUUACAGAAUUUUUUUCGCAAUUGCGUUCCGAAGAAAAGUCAUUAAAUUCAAGCAUCGAAAGAAAAGACGAUCAAAAUGACACCAAUUCUUUGAAAACAUUUCUUUUUUUACCUGAAAACGAAAAAAAUUUGGUUUUCGAUGAGCCUGAGCAGAUGACGAUUGCAAAAGAAGACGACAGCGACGAAGACGUCGAAGAGAGCGGAGAUGAUGAGGAUGAAAAUAACACUCAUAAACAAUCACAAGAACAAGGAUUCAAGCUUUCAAUAGCAAAUCGGCACAAUUCGUUUUCAGCUGUUAUAAUAGAUUGUUGA